CAAAAAAAGAAACUAAUACAAUGCCAAUAAGAGUACCCAAAUACAAAAAGCGCAGCCUCUUAGCUGCCGCAUCGGUAUUAUCCCUUUCACAAGCUGCUAACCCUGGUGGUUAUGAACUAGUUGGUGAUUCUUUAGUCAGUGCACAAAUGGCUUUUUUAGGAAGAGACGGAAACGUCUGGAUUCUCGAUAAGACUGAGAAUAACCCUACACAAAUCAAUGGACAUCCAGCUUGGGCUGCUGUAUACAAUCCUAAAGAUAAUACUGCUGAGCCAAAAGAUGUCGUAACAAAUUCCUUCUGUGCAGGAGGUGCUGUCCUUGCUGACGGUAGAUGGCUCAACGUCGGUGGUAACCAAGCUGUUACACACGGUGGUGCUGCUGUCAACGACUACCCAGAUAAACCAAAUCCAUAUCAAAACGAAGACGGUGGUGCUGCUAUAAGAAUUCUCGAUCUCGCCGGUAGCAAAGAAUGGUCAGAUAACGAUCAGUUCAUGACAGGUAGAAGAUGGUACCCUACUGUAGAGACACUCGGUGGAGGUGACGCCAUUAUUAUGGGUGGUGAUGAGUGGGGUGGAUAUAUUAACGGAGAAGCACAAAACAAUCCAACUUACGAAUUCUACCCACCUCGCGACGGUGACCCAGUUGACUUCGACUUCUUGAGAGAGCGCACUAUGCCAAUCAACUUAUAUCCACUAGCUUACCUUUUACCAUCAGGUAGAUUAUUCGUACAAGCGAUGUACGCUGCCAUCAUUUGGGAUAUCGACGAUAAGCUCGAAUAUAAGACACUCCCAGAUAUUCCACACGCCGCCAGAGCUUAUCCAGCUAGUGGUGCAACUGCUGUCUUACCUUUGACACCAGAAAAUGACUACAAUCCAUCAUUCCUCUUCUGUGGUGGUCAAGAUAUUCCACAAGAUGGUUGGGGUAACGAAGGUGGUCCUGGAUUCGACAUUACCAAGAAGUGGGCAGACAAAUCAUGUGUCAGAAUACAACCAGAAGGUUCAGAGAACCCACAGUGGGAGGAAGAUGAUGAGUUACCUGAACCAAGAACAAUGGGUAACUUUAUUUACUUGCCAAAUGGUCAAUUAGUUUUAUUGAACGGUGGUGCCAAGGGUUCAGCUGGUUAUGGUAAUGAUACUUGGGCAGUUGGUCAAUCAUAUGCCGAUGAUCCAACUUAUAUGCCUCUCAUCUUUGAUCCAAAUGCACCAAAGGGUGAACGUAUUUCAAGAGAUGGUUUAGAUGGUAGUGAUGUCGCAAGAUUGUAUCAUAGUGUCGCAACCUUAUUAGAAGAUGGUUCUGUUUGGGUUUCCGGAUCAAAUCCUAACGUCGACGUUAUUCAAACCGAAGAUCGUCAAUGGAACACUGAUUAUCGUGUUGAAAGAUGGUACCCAACUUGGUACAAUGAACCAAGACCACAACCUCAAGGAUUACCUGAUCAAUUAUCAUAUGGUGGUCACUCAUUUGACAUUCAACUGUCUUCAUCAGAUCUUAAAGGUGAUUCACGCAACCUUCAGAAUGUAAAGGCUGUCGUUAUUAGACCUGGUUUCUCAACACAUGCAAUGAACUUUGGUCAGAGAUACUUGGAAUUACGUACGACAUGGACAGCUACAAGUGAAGAAGAAGGUAUAUUGCAUGUUGCACAAAUGCCAAACAAUCCAAACAUUUUCCAACCUGGUCCAGCUUUAAUCUUUAUUACUGUUGAUGGUAUUCCAAGUUAUGGUCAUUGGGUAACUAUUGGUUCUGGUGAAAUUGGUGUUCAACCAACUUCAGAGAAUUCUCAAUUGGAACCAUCAUCCGAUGUUGAAAGGCCUGACUCUCAAGUACAAAACUCAUCUUCUGCUUACAGAGGAUCCGUCGUACCUGGACUCUUUGCUAUUAGUGCAAUUGGUGCAAUUGCUUCAUUAGCUAACUACCUCUAAGAAGUCUCUUAAUAUCUUAAUCUUAAAACACUGAGGCGUUUCUUACAUAAUCUUCUUCUGCUACUCAACAUUCUAAUUUUGUUAUUUACGUAUGUAAAACAACCAUACCAUCUAAAGCUCUUUUUGACUUUUGUAUAUACUUAUUUAAUAUUGAUCAGAAUACAUAAACUAAUUAUUAACA